AUGCUAGAGACUGACAAAACCUUGCCAUCAGACAAGCGGAUACGCCUCGCCCUUAUCAUGAUCGUCGACGGAGUACUCAUCGCUCACAAACAAGUUGCAAAGCCUACUCUGCACUACGUUCAUAUGGUUGACAACCUCGACUCGUUCCUCAAAUUCCCAUGGGGCCAUGAAUCGUUUCUCAAAACAAUUACCUGCAUGAAACCGCCUACAGAUGCUACAGACCCCGUCGGCGCACUAGCUCAGGUUCUCAAACAGACAACCUACAGGCUCACGGGAUUUGCUCUAGCGCUCCAGCUCGUAGCCAUGAAAGCGAUUCCACUCCUUGCCACCAAGAUACCAGCCCCAUACUACAACUUGACUUUGCUGGAUCUGGACGAAGGACAUCUCCCACCACAUGGCUCAAUUCACCUUGAAGAUUUCCUCACCGUAGAGGCAGACACACAGGAAACCACGUCUGUCCACCCAUGCCUAGAUGACCACAACCCUGCUUACUAUAACGCAGGGUCCACGCCGCAGGCACAACCACAGCCAACAAAGCUCUUGCAGGUGUCCAGCCAAGAUAACUCUCCCCACUCACCAAGUGGGGAGACCAUUUCGCCGUUUGUAAGCCAAUACAACGCCCAAAGGUUUUCAGCUAACCGUGGAGACAUAACAACAGACGAAGCAGACCUCAUCAUAAACAGCGUCAUCAAGUCAACGGAACAAGCGCACCCAAGCCUUAACCCUAUGUCUCCGCACAACAACUCCACCCACCAUUACUCUCCUAAAACAAAAACAAUGCCACAAACCUCGACACCGCCCUCACCUCUCAAAACUCCUAAAUCCAAAACCCCACUAACCAGCACCAUCAAACAACAAGACACUAACCACGACCAGCCAACCAAGGACAUAGAGAUAUGCUCAGCACCCCCACGCCUCUAUCCAGUGAACUUAAGCCCCAAGCAAAUCGCAUCUAUACCUACCAGAAUCAGCCACGUGCGCAAGCCGGUUCCAAUCCAAACACCCCGCCAGCUAGGAUUCGUAGCACACGCAACGACUGUUAAUGACUUCGCAUCUCAAGCUACUUCAAAGACUACAUCUAAAACCAGCACAUCAGACCAAGUAAGCACUAACACCAAAGAUUACAAUGUGCUUGAGAGGUUUCGCUUAUCAAACUCUACUUGCCUACUGGAACACUCGGAUCCCCUGCUUGAAGCUACAUCUGCACUUGUCUACGUCAGCGACUCGUCUCCCUCUAAAAAAUUGCCAGCACACGUACCUUCCGGCCCAGAGGAAUACAUAGCCAGACUACUGCUUAGUUCGCCUCCAGUCCCCGCAACCAUGCUGUUCGCUCCUAUCGACCCUCAACUAUGGGAAGACUUCCACAACACUCUUCAGCACCACCAAGACAUGAAGGCCAAAACUGCACUACAACCCGUUCUUGAGAUGCUACCAUUCAUCAUCAGCAAACUGACCACCAACACGCCAUCUCAGUUCGAAGGUGAUCGUCCAUUCACCUGGCAAAGGAGGAAGGAGAUCUAA